AUGACUUCGUACUCCCCACCAGAGUGGAGCAUCUCGGGCUCCAAUGUCUUUGGUAUCUAUAUGGACGUGAUCAAAGGUGGCGUCGUUGUAGAGUCACUUCAAUUGCCUUGUACGAAUGGACGGAGCUACGUGUUGGCGGGACGCAUGGCGACUGUAUGCGACUGGACACUGGCUCACCCAUCUAUCUCUCGCACUCACGCUGCGCUGCAAUUUGAUCAGCAAGGCGCACUCUUCCUCUAUGACAUUCGCAGUACGCACGGUUGUUUUGUAAACAAAAAGCGCAUACCGGUCGAAGAAUUUGUAAGGCUUCAUAUUGGGGAUGUAUUGGGAUUCGGCGAAUCAACGCGACUCUAUGCAGUCUGUGGCCCUCCAGAGCUACUGCCAGCAGAAUAUGAAUCACUAAAUCUCGAAAAGUUUCGUGAAAGAUUAAAGAGAAAAGAUGAUCAGCGAGAAGUUUCGUGGGGCUUUAAAGAUGACGCAGAAGAAGAAGAAGGAGAAAGUGAAGAAGAGACGCAGAAGCGCAACGAUGACCUACCAGAUUAUCUUCGAAAUUUAAAAGAAGACGAUCGGCCGUAUACGUCGAGUGUAAGUCAGUCGGACGUGAACGAGAAAGAUCGGCGAUUAUAUCGUCAGCUCACGACACGAAUUCGAAAAAUGGAAAAUCUUAAGUUGGAGAAAUCACGAAUUUUAGCUAAGCAAAACCGACUAGAUGGAUUGUCAGAGGGGCAGCAACUUACGCUGGAACGGAAUGAACAACGAAUCGAAACGCUGCAUAAAGAAAUUGAUGAUUUGGAAGCUAAAAUUCAAGCCAAGAAUGACGAACGGGCAAAGACAAAAAGCACCGGUGAGUUAAGAUCAAGAAAAAGAACAAAUGUAAAUGAGGAACUGUACGGAUAUAGCAGCGAUGAAGAUGAUUUUUACGAUCGAACUGAAGCCAAUCAACUGAAAAUCGCUGCACGAAAGCAGAAGGUGACUGGAUGCGCUAUCUCUGUUGCCACUGCUGGUCCGACCACUGAUGUGAAGGCUCAAAAGAAAGAGGUGCUCACUGUCGACUCGAUUCAAAGUAAUAUCAAACGAUUAGAGGAGGAGCUGACACGACUGCAAGAUGAUGUGACUGCCGCGUCGACUAAAGCUGACCCGAAGCAGAAUAACUCGAAGCAAGAAAAGGAAGACUCACUAGACCUUUUCAUGUCAGCUACAACGACUCAGUUGCAUUUGGGGGAGAUUGACUUGUUGAUGAAACGAAAAGCCGAUAUCAAAACCGAGUUGCAGCGUCAGCACCACCUUUUAGCUGUAGCCACUCCAGCAUUAGCUUCUCUGCCGGUUCGAACUCCAGUGAAAGACGCAGUAGAUGAUUCUGUGAUCACCACUUCAAACGUCUCAUCGUUUGCUAUAAACUCAUCCGACCAAGCUGAAAAAAAUGAUAUGAUUCCACAUUGUAGUGAACUCGUCAAUGUCGAUGUUCUAGCGAAGAAAAGUGUAUCGCCUUUACAAAAUAAGUCGAUUGUAAAGGAGAAAUUGGAGAAUCAUCGAGUAAAAAACGCAGCUCCACUCAAGCGUGAACAAAUUUCGGGCAAAAUGGUUACAGUCUCGAAAAAAAUAAAAGUGGAUGGUGAGAAGCAAUGUGGAGGUGCCAGUAUUUUAGAAGGAGGUGACCAUGCGUGGGUCCCUCCAACAAACCAGACGGGUGAUGGUCGUACACAACUAAAUGACAAGUUUGGCUACUAA